AUGCCUGAUGAGAAAGAUCCUCCGGCUGCCAAGGCGGACGAGGCGUCCGACUGCGCGAUCGACAGUUCUGAUGACGGCGACGACCAAUACAUCGAGGCCCAGAUGUCCCAGUCGGAGCUGAAGAAGAAGCAGCCUCAGCGUCUGACGAUCCAGGAUGUCGUUCCUUUCAAAUGGAGCCCUUUGGUGCUGCCUCUGACUGAGUCCAACAUCGAGUCUUGUGUCGCCCUCGAGGAUGCUGCGUUCUCCGAUCCAAGUCAUCGCGCUACCCGCGUGAAGUUCAUGUACCGCCUCGCGACCUGCUCAGACAUCUCUACAGGCCUCUUCUGCAGCGUUGUCCCCGCCGAGGCCGAGGCUUUCGACCUCUCGACCAUGAACGUCGCUAGUCCCGUCGAGACAGGUCGCGCCAACGGUGCCAGGCUGGUCCUCCUCGGCCACGCCGUUGCUACCCUCGGCGACGGCCCCGUUGUCAGCGAUGAUGACAUGGCCUAUCCGGACAAUUGGCGCGAUCAAAAGUCCGCCAAGAGCACGGAUCUCGGCCACAAAAUCAUGGGCCGUACCCUGUGUCUGCAUUCUUUCGCCAUCGACCCCAAGGUCCAGGGCUUGGGCCUCGGCAAGCUUCUCAUGAAGUCUUACUUGCAGCAGAUUAACAACUCUGGUGUUGCGGAUCGCAUUGCGCUGAUCUGCAAGGACUGGUUGGUUAGCUAUUACCAGCGCUUCGGCUUCAAACGUGUCGGUCCCAGCAAGGCAUCUUUCGCUGGCGGCGGCUGGAAUGACAUGGUCAUUGAACUCUCCGGUCCGCCCAAGAAGGGUCCGGAUGCUCUCAAGGCAUCCGCCGAGUAG